AUGUCAUCAUUAAAUAAUUCACCGAUGCAACAACAUUCACCCGUACGCUCUUAUGGCAUUACGCAACCAAUUUCUAUUCGUGGUCCCGAUUCGAAUGAUUAUGAGUUGACACGUAAACUAGAAGAUACGUUAAAAAAUUGUGAUUAUUUUGAAUCCAAGGCCGAAUCAUUACAUCGUAAGGAAGUUUUGGCAAGCAUAAAUGAUUUAGUUAAAGAGUGGGUACGUGAAAUUUCAUUAAGUAAAAAAAAAUGUCAAGAAACUGCUGAAACAGUAGAAGCUCGAGUAUGUACUUUUGGAUCAUAUCGUCUUGGUGUGCAUUCAAAAGGCGGAGAUAUUGAUGUAUUAGCGAUCGCGCCAAGACAUAUCGAUCGAGAUGACUUUUUUCACUUAUUUGUGAAUCGUUUACGUGGUCGACCUGAAGUACGUGAUUUACGUUGUGUUGAGGAAGCAUUUGUACCUGUUGUUAAAAUGACAUAUGAUGGUAUUGAAUUGGAUAUACUAUUUGCACGAUUAUCUCAAGCCAGUAUUCCAGAAAGUUUAGAUUUAAAAGAUGAUCAAAUAUUAAACAAUUUAGAUCUACGUUGUGCAAGAAGUUUAAAUGGAUGCCGUGUUACAGAUGAAAUAUUAGAUUUAGUGCCAGAUCGUGAAACAUUUAGAUCAACGUUAAGAGCAAUUAAAUUAUGGGCAAAACGGAAUGGACUUUAUAGUAAUGCAUUAGGAUUUUUUGGUGGUGUUACGUGGGCGAUGUUAGUGGCAUAUAGUGACGCAAUCAGAAUUCGACAAUUAACUGUUUCCAUUUGUUUUGUUUUUUGUAUCCGCAGUACGCUUGUUCAUAAGUUUUUUCUUGUCUUCUCCGGUUGGGAAUGGCCAAGACCUGUCUUAUUGAAAACUGUGCAUGAUGGACGAUUGGGAUUUCCUGUAUGGGAUCCCUUCACAAAUACAGCUGAUCGAUAUCACCUGAUGCCCAUUAUUACACCAGCAUAUCCACAACAGAAUUCAACACAUAAUGUCACAUUAUCAACACAAAAAAUAAUCGUUGAUGAAAUAAAACGUGGUUUAAAAACUGUCACCGACAUUAUGCAUAAUAAAUUAGAAUGGAAAGAAUUAUUCACAGGAUUAGAUUUUUUUCAGCGUUAUAGACAUUAUAUUAUUUUGCUAUUAAGUGCACGAGACCAAAAGCAAUUUCUUAAAUGGAGUGGGUUAGUUGAAGCAAAAAUUCGAGUUUUAAUUGGACUUUUAGAACGUAACACAUACAUUGAUAUUGCACAUGUAUGCAGUGAUAAACUUCCACCUCCCGAAAAUUUACAUGAACAGUCAAAGCAGCAGCAAUCGCCUCCUUCAAUACCAACAGUGACAAAUGUAGCAGCAUCGAUAGAGAAUACUUUAGAUAAUGCAAAGAUUCCAUCUACAACUAAUCUUACUGGCAUGUGGGUCGUUGGUCUAAAAUUUAAAAAUGUUGAUCGUGUACAAUUAGAUUUGACUGAAGAAAUACGUAGUUUUACAAAUGUCGUUUAUAAAUCAGUUAAUGCUAGUGGAAUGUCACGUGAUAAUUUGGAUGCACGUUAUAUUCGUAAGCGUGAUUUAUACACAAUUUUACCACAUCUUGGAAAACCAAAACCAGGAUCAAUUCCACGUAGAAUUCCAAUUCCACGUGAAACAAUUGUCACAGAUUAUAAAUCAGAGCAAGACGCCGGAAUGGAUGUACCUACGAAUAUUGAUCAUCUUACUGAUUGUACAAACAAACACGACCAAACAAUAUUACCAAUAGAAAUUGGUAGCCAGUCAACAGCAAUUGCUGUUAAUAAUACCGGUAUCUUACCUAUAUAUCGUUCUUCAUCCGAACAAACAUUAUUAUGUAACUUAACUCCGGUUGAAAAUGUGCAAAAACUUAUAGCAGCCAGCUCAGAACCAACGGCGAUUGCAUUAUCGCCCUCAAUGUCCUCUACCAUUACAACAAAGCGACAAGUUUUUCAUGAUGAUAUAACAAAUAACGGUUUAUCAGAUGAACAACAAACUGUUGUUGAUGGUACUGCAUUGUCAAAUAAUACAAAACGUAAAUUAUCAUCGAGUGAAGAUGAAAUAACAUCGACAAAUGAUGCAAGUGUUCAUGUAAUUAAGAAAGCAAAAUUUGGGGAACAACAAUCUAUUUUAACAAAUGAAAUUAUAGUGAGAAAUAAAACAGCAGAGCAACCAUCAACGUAUCCUUCCCCUCAUCGAACAUUUAUUAGUCAAAAUUCAAAUGACAGUACUGGAAGUACAGAAUCUGCUAUUUACAUAUCUCCCUUGAAGCGGAGCUGUAUUCCACAAGCAGAUUCCCCUCGUACAGAUGAUAUAAGUGAAAAUCAAUCAUUCUCUUCAUCCAUAACAGGAAAAUAUUCACGAGCUCAAAUCGAUUCGUCGUCCCCACGUUCAACAUUCUUAACGGCUACUGAUUCGAUAAAUGAUAAAUCGCAUAUGCUGCCGCGAAAACGACGUCGUAUUGAUACAGGAUCAGAAACAGAUAGUAAUAAUUAUCGUCAAAAUUCAUUGCCUUCGGUUUCACCAAUAAUAACACAUUCACCGCCACAUGAUAUGUGCGAUGAUGAUGAAAUACAUGGCCAACAAAAAUUAAAUACUCGAAUAAUAUUAAAUAGCCAUGCAUUAAAUAAAGGAUUUUCUUAUUUUAAACUAAACACCAAAACAGAGAAUGCCGCAUCGUGCAAUACUCGUAUGUUUUAG